AUGUCGGCCGAAUACGCAAACCAAGAUCCCAUCAAGCUCGCUACUCAGGCUGAGCAGGACUUGAACAGCCACACUGCUAAGCAUGGCCACAAUGCUGAUAUCUCUUCCAACCACGGUCACGGUGCUAGCGACAGCACCCUCGAGUCUGGUGUUGACGAGAGCGUUCGCAACAAGUUCCCCGGUGCCGAUGUCACUGUUGGAAGCACUGGUGCCUCCAACAACCAAAAGAUUCCUUUGAGCGAGGGUGGUGACAUCGACCCUUCUACUGGCAAGCUCCACAAGGCCAGUGCAUAUGAAGGCACAGGCGGUCCUGAACACAAGGCCGAAAUUCACCGUCAGGACAACGGUGGUAACGACGAGGUUCGCUCCAACAUCCGCAACUAA